CGAAGUGAAGUCUGACCAGGUGUGGACGUUCAGAUCAUGAAGUUUGUCCAUGUUGUUUUUCUUGUGGUUUACGGUGUCUUGUUGGUGCUUGGACAUUCCGGAACAAGUUACGGAGAAAUGCAAUCGCAAGAAGAAAUCUUGGGUUUUCUAGAUGAACUUGACAGACUUGCUGAAACGACGUCGAAAUCUGAUGAAAGUAAAAGAAAAGGACAUUACUGCACCUUCUACGUACCACACAAGAUUCGUGUUCGUCGAGAGUUCAGAAGGAGAACUGUUAAGAGUUUUCAAGUGCCCUGCCAGCUGGGCGAAAUCGUUAAACGAUGCACUCAGUACAGGGUCGUAUUUGAGCCUGCAGUCAAGGACCUUGACAGAACAGUUCUUCGAAGGGUACAGAGAUGCUGUAGUGGAUGGAAAGGCAUCAACUGCAAUCAGCGAGAUGACUCUUUGACUCAAAAGAGGCAGUUUUCGGAUUUAAAGUCAUCCACUUCCAUCUCUAAAGAGAUCAAGUGCUGGAAAGUCAACAUAACUCUCGAAUAUAAUGAUGCCAACAUCACUCGAAACCAGGCCAUCAGUGAGAUGAGAGAGAUAGCCGGCGAGGCGAUAGCUGGGCUUUACACGUGUCAAGACGUGACGGUGGAACUGCGUGACGUUCACAUCAGGCGCAUAAUCAACGUGACAUCCAUAACUGCAGUUUUCUAUCUCCGAUCCAAGCUUUCACCAUCCACUUCUCUUUCAAGCAUCGACAUAGACUGUGUAAAAGAAUCCGGGGUUUUCAGGGAUUUCAAAGUUAUACCUGAGCGCAAGGCACCAAAGUUCAAUGGCCACUCAGCUAAAGCAGUUGACGUGACUUAUGACACGAGUGGAUUGUGCUGCAAGUAUGGUCACGUAGACAACAGUGGCAUUUGUGUUCCGUGUGCCGCUGGUUCUUAUCAUGACCUACAUGCUGGAGAGUGUACAGGCUGUAGUGGGAAUACUUAUCAACCUCACAGCGGUCAGACAUUGUGUCUAGUUUGUCCUAACGGUUCAAUAGCUGAUGGAGUGAACGCUACCAAAUGUACUAAGACCUGUUCACCAUCUUGUCUCAACAACGGCCUGUGUUCAGAUGGUUUUUGUUUCUGUCCUGCUGGUUACACCGGAAGGGCCUGUGAACGAGCUGUUUGUGUUCCAACUUGUCUGAACGGUGGUUUCUGUUCAAAACCUAACCAAUGCACGUGUUUAAGCGGGUGGACUGGACCGAGAUGCAGCAAAGCACUGUGCUCCAGCCCGUGCGAAAACGGUGGCAUCUGCGUGGCACCUGACACUUGCAACUGUCGGCCUGGCUACUCAGGGCCCACGUGCAAAACAGAUUUCUGUGAUCCGACAUGUAGCAACGGCGGAACCUGUUUGAAUGGAAACUGUUUUUGCGCACCUGGUUGGAGUGGAGACCGCUGUCAAACAGCUCUGUGUAUUGCUGGAUGUGCUAACCAUGGCACCUGUAUCGCGCCUGAAAAGUGCGCAUGUGCUCCUGGUUUUACAGGCUCUCAGUGUCAAUUAGGAAUAUCGUUCUGCUCUGGUUUGCCUGAUGGAGAUUACAAAGAUCCUACCAACUGUUAUGGAUAUAUAUCAUGUUCUGAUGGCCUCACCAAUUACAAAGAUUGUCCCACUGGCCUCAGGUACAACUACACUAUAAAUCAGUGUGAUUGGCCAGCACAUGUACCAUGUGAUCAAGAUGUCAUAGACGUCAAAGGACAAACGAUUCUGUCAGACGCUCUUCCCUCCGGUGCCAUGAACGAGCCAGACCUUUGCUUCUCUUGGCGAUCACACAUCAAGACUUUUGACGGCCGCUACAUUUACUUUCCGGGUCGCUGUACAUACAAACUGAUUCAUGAUUGUGAGGAUAGUCUUUUCUCCGUUCACGUUUUUGGCGACCCUCUGUGUAAGAAUCUCACACGCUGUCGCCGCUCGGUCAAUUUGUACCUGGGAGGAGUGGACAUCAAGAUUUAUUUAGGAGAACGUGACCAAGUUACAGUGGCAGACAAGAACGUUUCCCUUCCUCACAUCGUGAACAAUGUUGUCAUCGAAAAAGUGUCCAACUAUGUUCUUACGUACGGUUACAAUGGGAUAACGGUAUUAUGGGAUGGUAUCGAUGCGGUUUACGUGCAUGUCUCAGCCAAUCACAAGAAUAAGACUUGUGGGUUAUGCGGCAACUACAAUGGCUUACCAGAUGAUGACAUCAGGACGUCAGGACGUCAACAAGUUUCAUCUAUCGCCAAAUUUGGAAAUAGUUGGCGCAUGACUGAUGUUUUUGACAUGUGUCCCAACGUACGAGAAGAAGAAACCAAGAGUCCUUGCAGUAUGGUCACGCAAGGUAACGUGACGAAGAUAAAAGGUAUUUGUUCCUUUCUACGGAAUGCGACGUUCUUUCCUUGUCACGGGGUUCUUGAUCCUUCGCCGUUCAUCGAAAUGUGUGAGGAAGAACUUUGCAAGUGCAAUUUGACUGACCGGCUUGACUGCGCAUGCUCAGCUUUCGCGCAGUACUCCAGAGCAUGCGCGCGGAAUAAGGCGGCCGUACAAUGGAGAACAAAUGAUCUAUGCCCUAUUACCUGUCCAAAAACUCAGCAGUUCACCGAAUGUGCAUCCUCCUGUCCUCCGACGUGUCAAAUCAAAAACGGAAAUUACAUUUGUCCACAGAGAUGUCUUGAUGUCUGUCAAUGUCGUAACGGGACGGUGUAUGAUGGUCAGCGAUGUGUCACUAUACAGCAAUGCCCCUGUCUUCACAAUAAGAAGCAUUACCCACCAAACUCUGUCAUUAAGCGCGACUGCAACAACUGCACAUGCGCUAAUGGCCUAUGGCUGUGCACGAAACUCCACUGUCAAGGAGUUUGUUCUGCAACUGGCGACCCACACUACAGGACAUUUGAUGGGCUGGAGUUCUCCUUUAUGGGUUUAUGUCAGUACAUUUUGGCCAAGGACUGUGUCAACAAUUCAUUCACUGUUCUGGUGGACAACGUGGCGUGCGGGUCCGUUGGUUCAGUGUCCUGCACCAGGAACGUAUAUGUGCUUCUCAAUGGGACAACUAUCACACUCAGGGGAGGAGGGGCAGUUCUCAUUAACGGAAACAGAUUGGCAAAUUUCCCUAUGGCAACAGAGAGUUACAUCAUUAAACAAUUGUCGUCAUCAAUGACGUCAGUUCAUAGUCCCAUUGGCCUCGAUGUCAAGUGGGACGGCAUCUCGCGCAUUUAUGUGACAUUACAGCCUCAGUUUCGUGAUAUGACUUGCGGUUUGUGCGGAACUUUUAAUGGCAAACAGAAAGACGAACUCACCACCAAAGAAAGCGUUAUCGAAACAAGCGUGACAGCCUUCGGAAACUCGUGGAAGGUGAGCUCAGCUUGUAAUGACACGCAGCCGUUAAGGCAUCCUUGUGAAGUACAGAUACAGAGAAAGGCUACCGCGGGAAAAUUGUGCAACAGAUUACUGCAGUCUCCAUUUAGCAGCUGCCAUCACACAGUGGACCCAUCUAGCGGUUACAUCGCUAGCUGCAUGUACGACGUCUGUGGAUGUCAACAGGGAACCCAAUGCCUUUGUAGUGCUAUCGCUGCUUAUGUCCACGACUGUGCAAGACAUGGGGUCGUGAUUGAAUGGAUAAAUUCUAAAGUUAUGCCGGAAUGUGACGCAGUUUGCUCCAUUCCCGGCCAAGUGCACCAGGUCUGCGGCUCUUCAUGUCAGCGGACGUGUCGUGAAAUCUCCAUGGACCUCCCUUGUGAAGAGGAAUGUGUUGAGGGGUGUAACUGUCCAAGGGGCAUGGCACUCACAGAGGAUAAUCAAUGUGUUCCCCAUUCACAAUGUCCCUGUUCUCUCGAUGGAAAUUAUUAUAAACCUGGAACUGUGAUACGACCCUCCCACUGCAAAGAAUGCGUUUGUGAGAGCGGACGAUUUAACUGUACCAAAACAUCAUGCAAAGCUUGUCCCUCUGGACAAAAGUGGGUAAGCUGUGGUGCAAAAUGCGCAAGGACCUGUGAAAAUUUUCAUAUGCCAUGUUUGGAGACCAAGUGCCAGGAAGGUUGUGUCUGCCCGGAGGGCACAGUACUACAUGGUCAGCGGUGUAUCAACUCUUCCCAGUGCUUCUGUCAUCGCGGCGGUCACAGUUACAGGCUAGGACAAGAGAUUAAAGAGGAUUGCAAUACUUGUUCUUGCAAAGGUACUAAAUGGUCAUGUACUGACCACGUUUGCCCUGGAACAUGCUCCGUUUACGGUGAACUGAAUUACAUCACCUUCGACGACAGGAGGUACACUUUCAGUGGGGCCUGUGAUUAUGUCCUUGCUCAGGACUCUUGUAAUGACGCCUCUUCACGUACUUUCCAAAUCCAGGCCCAGAAUGUCCCUUGCGGGAACAGUGGCGUCACGUGCACAAAGCAAGUGACUAUCACGCUCAACAACACGGUGGUCACUCUUGAGAGGGAUCAGCAUCCCGUGAUAUCCUCGAGGCCGGGUGCUGCAGCCUUGAGCAUGAUUGAAGAGUUUCAAAUCAGAGAGCAUCACUUCUUUACCGUGUUAGAGACUGGCUUUGGUUUAACAAUCACGUGGGACAGAGGAACAAGGCUAUAUAUCACUUUGGAUCCCAAAUUUACAGGGCGAGUGUGUGGGCUAUGCGGCAAUUUUAAUGGUGACAGAAAUGACGAUUUCAUGACACCACAAAUGUUGCCAGAGACCUUAGCGAAUGACUUUGGCGACAGCUGGAGGGUCGAGUCAUCAUGCCCGGAUGCAGUCAUACCCAGGAAUCCCUGCGUGAUAAAUAAGCAUCGUGCACCAUGGGCUCACAAGAUGUGCAGCAUCAUCAGAUCAGAUGUGUUCAAGCCUUGUCAUGAAGUCGUAAACCCGGAUCCUUGGUACGAUGCAUGCUACCGCGAUGCUUGUGCUUGUGAUAGCGGUGGUGACUGUGAGUGCUUGUGUACAGCAAUCGCCUCCUAUGGCCAUGAGUGCUGCAAACAUAGUGUGCCAAUCAAAUGGAGAACGCAAGAAUUGUGUCCUAUCCAAUGUCCUAGCGAGGACGGUCAUUGCUUUGAGUACACGCCCUGUGUUGCAGGUUGUCCCAGGACAUGUGAAAACCAGUGUGAAGCCAAUCCUGCCCGUUGUCCCGUAACAUUUGAAGGAUGCUCUUGCCCAAAUGGAACAGUGCUGCAUGAUGGGAAGUGCAUUUCUCCCAAAAGCUGUCCGUGUAGUUUGGAUGAGUUUGACCAUGAACCUGGAUCAAUUGUGGUGAUAAACUGUCAACGAUGUACGUGUGAGGCUGGAUGUUUUUCAUGUACUGGUCCUUCUUGCAGAUCAUCAGCAACACAAACUACAUGGACAUCACAUUCCCAACAAGCAGCAGCCCACGUAACAUUGCCAAGCUCCGUAAUAGCAGCUCCACGUGAAAUAGCAACCAGUGGUUCCCUUAUGGUGACGCCAUUAUACUCAACAGCAAGAGAAAUUUUUCAAACAGCAAUUUUUCCAACAAUAUCAUCACGCAUAACAGUAACCACAAGUUCUCGAUUAGCCGUACAGCACGAAAUAGUCACAGUGUUCUCACUGAUAAAAGCAUCACGCUCCUCAGUGCCAACAUUUAUCAUUCCAAGAGUAACCAGAAGUGGUAAACUUGCAACGUCACCCUCCAUUCUACAUUCAAAAGUGACGAGAAUAUCUCUAGCAGCAACAAAACCUUCAGAUGUGACAGAACGCCACCUUACAGCAACCUCCCCUUCGAAAGUAACAUACGGUUCAUUGCCGACACGAAUAUCUUUAAAUGAAACAGAGAUUUUACUUCCGGCAGCAUCCUCUACGAAAGGAAAAGUAAGUUUUAUACUGGCAGAACCAAGUUCAAAAAAAUCGGAAAGCUCCUUACCAGGAGGGGUAACUUCAAAUAUGACAGUAGCUAGUUUACCUGGGACAUUACGUUCAGAAGUGACGGAAAAUUUACUCUCUACGGCACCAGCAUCCUCCAAACCAGUAGCAUCUCCUUUAAAAGUGCUGACAAGCUAUUUAAUAACAACACGAACCUCAGAAUUGGCAGCGAGUGCUCCAACAUUAGUUCCUUCUUCAAAGGUGAUUGUUACCUCUCUACAAAUAAGUUCCCGAAAAAUAGCGAUAGUUAGGAUAGAAACAAGUUCGGCACAAGAGGCAUUACCAGAAAUGUUUGCAAGUGCCUCGCAAAAAUCAGCCGGCAUUAAGGUGGCAGCAAGCUCUCCACCUGCAGCCUUAUCAUCUCUCGUAAAAACAAAUUCCCUGCCAUUAUCAGUACCUGUAGAGAUGACAGCAAGUCUCCCAACGCCAGUGCGGCCAACAAAUAUGACAAUUAGUUCCGUACCACCAAUGCCAAAACAAGUUGCAUCUUCCCUUACCACAGUGAUAGCCUCAACAGUGCAGUCAACAAUUUCACUAAAAGCGUCAUCAAAAACACUAGAAACUCCAUUAUUAGCAUCAUUAGCAUCACCAGCAUCAACAGCAUCGCCAGCAUCAACAGCAUCAACAGUAACAACAGCAUCAACAGCAUCAUCAGUAUCACCAGUAAAAACAUCAUCAACAGCAUCACCAGCAUCACCUGCAUCACCAGCAUCAACAAUAUCACCUGCAUCAUCAGCAUCAACAACAUCAACAGUAACAACAGCAUCAACUGCAUCACCUGCAUCACCUGCAUCACCAGCAUCACUAGCAUCAACAGUAACAACAGCAUCACCUGCAUUCCCAGCAUCACCAGUAACGACAGCAUCAACAGCAUCACCAGUAUCAACAGCAUCACCAGCAUCAACAGCAUCACCAGCAUCACCAGCAUCACCAGCAUCAACAGCAUCACCAGCAUCAACAGCAUCACCAGCAUCAAAGGAAACAUUAGAAACUCCAUUAUUAGCAUCAUUAGCAUCACCAUCAUCAACAGCAUCGCCAGCAUCAACAGCGUCACCUGCAUUCCCAGUAUCAUCAGUAACAACAGCAUCAAAAACAUCACCAGCAUCAAUGGCAUCAACAGCAUCACCAGCAUCAACAGCAUCACCAGCAACAAAAGCAUCACCAGUAUCACCUACAUCAUCAGCAUCAACAACAUCAACAGUAACAACAGCAUCAACAUCAUCACCUGCAUCACCUACAUCACCUGCAUCACCUGUAUCACCUGCAUCACCAGCAUCACCUGCAUCACCAGCAUCACUAGCAUCAACAGUAACAACAGCGUCACCUGCAUUCCCAGCAUCACCAGUAACGACAGCAUCAACAACAUCACCAGCAUCAAUGGCAUCAACAGCAUCACCAGCAUCAACAGCAUCACCAGCAACAACAGCAUCACCUGCAUCACCUGCAUCACUAGCAUCACUAGCAUCACCAGCAUCACUAGCAUCACCAGCAUCAACAAUAACAACAGCAUCGCCUGCAUCACCAGCAUUAACAGCAUCACCAGUAACGACAGCAUCAACAGUAUCACCAGUAACGACAGCAUUAGCAGCAUCACCAGCAUCACCAGCAUUACCAGUAACGACAGCAUCAACAGCUUCACCAGCAUCAACAAUAUCACAAGCAUCUACAGCAUUAAGGGCAUCACCAGUAUCAACUAUUACAACAAAACUAUUAAUUUCAACAAACAUCAAGCCACAAAAUACAAGCAUUGUUACAAUUACUCCUUUGCAAUGCCCUCCCAACAUGGUGUACACUCCUUGUAAAUCAAUCUGUGAUGAGUCCUGUCAGUACAUGAACAACACGUGCAGAAAGACACUUGCAAUACCUUGUGUACCCGGAUGCAAGUGCCCCGGUGAAACAGUGUUUAAUGGCACAAAUUGUGUUAAACCAGCAGAUUGCAUUUGCUUCCAUAAAGGAAAGUACUAUGAUCCAGGCGCCACAUGGAAUGAUACUUGUGAUGAGUGCCAGUGUUGGAAUAAUAGUGUCAUCUGCCGACCUGUUCGUUGUCCUCCCCAGCUCGUUCCUUGUCCUAACAAUUCCGUGGCUUUGAUAUCUCCUGGACAAUGCUGUCAAUCUUGUGUAGUACCUGAAAAUGAAACAAAAUGUAUUUCACCCGAGUACAAAUGCAGAGAUCAUAGCAAAUGCAUCACCAAACACUGGGUUUGUGACGGACAAAAUGAUUGUAAAGACGGCGAAGACGAGGGAAAUUGCACCACCAGUAUAUCACCGUGUUUUGCAUCCUUAGGAUUGUCAGAUCGAGCGCCAGAUCAUUCCUUCGCAGCCUCGUCUUCUGUCAGUGUAUAUUACAGACCGAGUGAGGGACGACUUAAUAAUACUCAUGUUAAAGGAAAGGGAAACGGUUCCUGGUGCCCCAAACCUGACGAUACAGAACCAUAUCUGCAGGUCCAGCUGGACUCCUUACGGAAGGUGACCGCGGUAGCAACCCAAGGACAUCCAUUUCUUCACAAAUGGGUGACAUUGUUUCGAAUGUCAUAUAGUCGGAAUGGAGUUACCUGGACCAAAAUACAAAAGGCAUUCCACGCGAACAGGGACCAAACUUCCGUUGUUACAAACAAGUUUCCACAGCCAGUUAAGGCUCUUUACCUGCGAGUGUACCCAAUCCAGUCACACACCGAUCCAUGUCUGCGGCUGGAGUUCUACGGCUGCAACAUUAAGGUCGACGUUCCACCUAUUUGUCCUGAAGUUAGAUGUAACAACAGUAAGUGUAUUAAUCACGAGAACGUUUGUGACGGACGAGAUGAUUGCGGUGAUGGCUCAGACGAGAUGACAUGCAACCCUUCUACACCAUGUGCAGAAUUUCACUGUGAUAACAACACCAAGUGCAUUUCCUUCAAAUCUCUAUGUGAUGGCCACAAGGAUUGUUCAGACGGUCAGGACGAGACUCAAUGUCCAACUCCAGCCGGUUCAGCAGGAAUCACGCGCACUCUAACACAUGCCACCCUGCGGAUAACGGCAAGGAUAGCAACUCUCGUCUCAACCAUCAACCGAAGUUCCCCGAGCAAAACUACGACCCCUCGAUUAACAACGGAAAUGAUGUCACCCGUUUCAGAGAUGAUGUCACCCGUGUCGAAGAUGUUGUCAACCGUGUCAAAGAUGAUGUCAUCUGUGUCGAUUAGGAUGUCAUCCGUGUCGGAAAUGAUGCCACCCGUGUCGAAAAUGAUGUCACCCGUGUCGAUUAGGAUGUCAUCCGUGACGGAGAUGAUAUCACCCGUGUCAAAAAUGAUGUCACCCGUGCCGCAGAUGAUGUCACCCGUGUCAGAGAUGGAGUCACCCGUGUCGCAGAUAAUGUCGCCCGUGUCGGAGACGGUGUCACCCGUGUCGCAGUUAACGUCACAUGUCUCGGAGAUUAUGUCAACCACAUCGGAGGUUAUGUCACCCUUGUCGGAGAUACGAGCGCUUCCUAGUCAAGCUACAGCAAAAAUGAGUUCUAUUAGCUUACCAGAGAGCACGAAGAUGGUCAUAACACCUUCAACUUUGUCUGUUGGCACCUCAAUGGUGAGGAGAAAGGAGUGCGGAAAAGAAUGCAUCUGUAGGAUGGACUGCUAUAGCAAAAUCAAUUGUGAACGUGGUGCCAAUUGUCCAUCUUGCAUCUGUGACAAUGGUACGCUAAAGUGGCAAAAUCGAUGUGUUGUACCCAUGCCUGAGCCAUGCUUGCCUCUAUGUGACAUCAAAGGACACGAAUUUCCGAUCAAGGAUACAAUACAUGACGGAGAGUGCCGCGUGUGUACGUGCAUGAGGAAACCCAACACCCUCAACCAAACAAUAGCCGUCUGCAAAACCACAUGUACGCUGUCUUGUACUAAGGGCUAUAAACUCGUUAUGCCGGAAAAUUCAGCCGGCUGUUGCAGGUGUCAGUUAAUAAAUGGGACUUCAACCACAGUCAAAAUGUAUUUGGGGACUGGAAAUAGUUUAACAAUAAGUGUGGAAAAUGCAAAGUCUCCUUCAUUAUCCACGGCAGCAAUUGGAAUACUGCUGCCAGGUCACAGUGAACCGGCUCGACCAGGAAACCAAGCUCAACGAUUGAAAACACCUACAACAAUAUCAACCCAACAAUUUCUGUUAGUAUCAAACAUAGAGAGUCUAUCAACGACAAUGUCUUCGGAGAAUUCCAAAACAACGAAGGUAAGAAGCUGGAUGGUAACGAGACCUUCGGGAGGGUCAAUAACAACGAUAACAGCAACAACAACAAAAACAAGAAAAAUAAAAACGGUAGUGGUAAAUUUAUCAACGGUGGAAUCAACGGCAUCCACAACUAAAGAGCCAGAAACAACAGAGUUAUCACGUGCGACACCGGCAAUAUCCGAAAAGGAGCUAAAACAAACAAAGACAACAGAACCGACAUCGCUAAUUUCAGCAAAGGGAGGGAGUAAAGCAGUUUCAACAAGUCUUACAACUAUUCUAACCUCAUCAAUGUCAUCUGUAAAAGAAUUGACAAGAACACCAACUGUGGGCAGUCUGAUAUCGACAAAACCCACUCGGGAAUCAACGUAUAAGUCAUUAAGUCCACUAUCAAACGUAUCUGCAAAGGAGUUUGUUAAAACACAGUUAUCAUCCCCCACAUGGACGGUAUCCUCAGAGAAAUCAGCAAAAACGACAAGUCCAACAACAACAAUAACCACUCAGGAAGCGACAACUGGAAAGGCAACAGGUUUGUCUAAGACAGCGUUAUCUCCAACAAAAUCGAGAACAAUUUCAAAGGAGACAAGCUCGACCACAGCAAUGGCCACGGAGGAAUCAAUGAUACAGAAAGUUGGAAGGCCAAUAGGUUCGACAUUUACGUCUUUUAAACAACAACUGUCAGCAACACCAAAGGUAUCGAGCCCGAUACCGGAAAUAUCAGCCCUUGGAUCUUUCGUGAGAAAAACAACAAUAACAAGCGCCUCAAGCGCAACGUCCGCCACAAUUAUCCAAGUUCCUUCACCAGCUGUGGUGAGCUCUUUAACAACUCAGUCAGUUCCGACAGUAUCCGCAUCGACGGUUGUGGGGACACCUACCACGACGACUCUCUCAAAACCAACAACAUCAACAGCUCUUCCAAAAAGCACGAGCUUUGCACAAACUUCUUCAGAAACAGGAACUACAAAGCCGACAUCAGCUGGGGCAAUUCUAACAGUUUCUCCAUCAACGAUGGUGACACCUACUGCGGAACCAAUAACAUCAAAAGCCGUUCCGAAAAGCACGAGCUUUCCACAAACUUCUUCAAUAGCAGGGACUACAAAGCCGACAACAUCCAUUCAACCAAUAACGGAAAUUACAGAGGCUGAAGCUCCAAUAUCACGAUGCAAUAUCACUUCAGAGCCAAGAAGUAUUGUUGACAAAUCCGGCUGUUCUAACACUCAUCCAAUUCAACAGACAACUUGCAAUGGUUUUUGCAACUCAACCGCGGUCUUGAACAUAACCUCAUCUUGGGUCGACAUCGAAUGUUCUUGCUGUAAACCCAAGAAUUUUAGCAUCGCGAACGUGUCAAUGAAAUGCCCAGAUGGCAGUACUAAAGUUUUGAAGUACUUGGUUAUUACCGAAUGUGGCUGUGAAACUUGUGACAGCAAUGCCUAUAAAAGAAGGCUGCAAACUGUCCUAGGCGUUUUUCAAGGGAAUGUGACUGAAAUAACAAAUGACAACAGAAUGAAUUAGGACGCUGCAUUGCCUUGUUAGCAUCACGGACAUUGGACAUUAGAAAAUUUAGCCUUUCAAGCAGACUCUCUACAGCGGGCAGCCGCGAAUCCUGCGAGAUUCAAGCCAGCGAGCGAGAGGAGCACGCGAGAAAUCUAGGAGAGAUCUCACUCUUUAUGCCAGAACUUGUGCGAACCUCUCGUGCACUUCUAUUUCUCGCUGACUCGAAACGCGCAGGCUUCGCGAGAGCCUUGUCGGAUAAGUUUGGUAUGUUUAAGUGAUAUUUAGAAUGUUUCAGACCAAAAGGUGUUAGAAAUAACUAAGGUAGAAUACAACAGAAUGAGGAUAUGUACAUCUUGUCUCUAAGUUACAAAGACAUACUACCAAAAUAAGUGCAAAUACAUUAUACGUGUGAGCAAUGUUCGCAUGAAAAAAUUGUAUUUAUAAGUUGUCGGCAGUUUUUAAAUUCCAAGCACUUUUAUUUCCCUCAUGAGCCGAGGCUGAAUCGUCACGCCCGAGGCUUUCUUCGCACAGAGAAAUUUCCGAGCAUUUUCCUCCGUCAUAUGUCAUUAAAAAAACAUUGUAACUUUAUAAAAAUAGUGAAUAUUUAAGAUUAAAGUUUGAGUGUAGUUAUUAUUGAGAUGAGUAGCCUGCGAGCAACGCCUUGUUAUUAGCGCUUCGGCAGUGCAGUGUA